GGCGCGCGUGGAUGACGUCACUCGACGCGGACGGGGUAGCCCGUGGUAACCCAGAGUCUGCGGAAGUGGAGACCGGUGGGCAGGCGACUGAUACAGGGGACUGAAAGAGCCAUGAUUAUGACAUCAGGUAUUUUUUUGGUAAGCGGCCAUUUAUGAUUCCGGAAGAUUAAGGCAGCUAGGAAGCCCCUUCUGAGAUUUUAACAAAGCUCUUGAACAACAACCAACGCCAUGGACACAAAGCUGGACCCUUCCCAGGAUGACCUACCUCUCAUGGCCAACACCAGCCACAUACUUGUGAAGCACUAUGUACUGGAUUUAGCUGUGGACUUUGAAAGUCAAAUCAUCGAGGGCACCAUAGUGCUUUUCUUUGAGUCUGGAAACAGAUUCCAGAAACAGAGUGGGUCCACCAAGGAACCCUGCCGAUCAGAGUCAAACGAAGCCUGCAGAUUUAGGAUGCCUGAACCCUGCCAUAGUCCUGUGACAGAUACAAGGACCUUCUCCUCUAAAACAAGAUCUAAUGAUUUUACAAUCUGUGGUAAAGGUGAAAAAGAUACUUCUGGUAAAGAUGGUAACCAUGACAACUGGGAACAGGCUUCUGGGAUUUCUAGCUCAAAGUACUGCUGUGACACAGGGAAUCAUGGGAGUGAGGAUUUUUUGCUAGUGUUGGACUGCUGUGAUUUAUCUGUGUUAAAGGUUGAGGAGGUGGAUGUUGCUGCUGUGCCAGGUAUUGAAAAAUUGACAAGGUCUCCCAAGCUCACAGUUGUUUCUGAGGAGCUCAGGAAUCAGAUUGUGUGUGAACUUGUGACUCUGCCUGCAGAUCGUUGGAGGGAGCAGUUAGACUAUUAUGCUCGUUGCAGCCAGGCUCCUGGCUGUGGGGAACUCCUGUUUGACACUGACACUUGGAGCUUGCAGAUCAGGAAGACAGGGGCUCAGACAGCUACUGACUUUCCUCACGCCAUAAGGAUACGGUACAGCACCAAACCCCAGGGGCGAUCAGUUACCUGGACCUCAGACCAGAGUGGCAGGCCAUGUGUUUAUACUAUGGGAUCUCCCAUAAACAACAGGGCCCUUUUUCCCUGCCAGGAGCCACCCGUUGCCAUGUCAACAUGGCAAGCUACAGUUCGAGCAGCUGCAUCUUUUGUUGUUUUAAUGAGUGGGGAAAAUUCUGCCAAGCCAACACAGCUUCGGGAAGGGUGCUCAAGCUGGCAUUACUAUGUAACCAUGCCAAUGCCGGCCUCCACCUUCACAAUCGCAGUGGGAUCCUGGACAGAAAUGAAGCCAGAGACCUGCUCAUCCAAUGAUCUGGCAGCAGAGAGAUCUCUGUCACCUUCCGAGGCUGACUUCAGGUAUGUUGGCAUUUGUGGUCACAUGGAAUACCCCUGCCGCUUCCAGAAUCCUUCUGCCACCACCCAGGAAAUUAUUCCUCAUCGGGUCUUUGCCCCAGUGUGCCUCAAGGGUGCCUGCCAAGAGACCCUUCUGCAACUGGUCCCUCCUUGCCUCUCAGCAGCACACCGUGUCCUGGGAACACACCCGUUCUCCAGGCUGGACAUACUCAUCGUCCCCGGCAAUUUUCCGAGUCUGGGGAUGGCCAGCCCACACAUCAUCUUCCUCUCUCAGAGCGUCUUGACGGGAAACAGCCAUCUCUGUGGGACCCGUCUCUGCCAUGAAAUCGCUCACGCCUGGUUUGGCCUAGCCAUUGGGGCCCGGGACUGGACGGAGGAGUGGCUGAGUGAAGGGUUCGCCACUCACUUGGAAGAUGUGUUCUGGGCCAAAGCACAGCAGCUGGACCCCCAUGAGACCCAGGAGCAGCAGGAGCUGAAGGCUUGUCUACGCUGGUGUCGUCUCCAGGACGAGGUGCGGAACUCCCCGGAGGAGAUGCAGGUGUUGAGGAAUCUGCUGGUCCCGUGCCUUGUGUCUGCCGGGAUAAUGUACUGGAAUAUUCAGCAGAGACUUAAUCAGAGGUUCUGGCUUGGCAGCUUGAACACACUGCAAAGACCCAAUAAAGAGAAGACUGGCUAUGUGAGUGACUCAGGAUCAUCUGUCGUCAAACAUGGGCUCAAUCCUGAGAAGGUCUUCAUGCAGGUUCAUUAUUUAAAGGGCUAUUUCCUUCUCCGGUUCCUUGCCCAAAGGCUUGGAGAUGACACCUAUUUUGCAUUUUUAAGAAAAUUUGUGCACACCUUUCAUGGGCAGUUGAUUCUUUCUCAGGAUUUCCUUCAAAUGCUGUUGGAGAACAUCCCAGAAGAGAAAAGGCUUGAGUUGUCUGUGGAGAACAUCUUCCGAGACUGGCUUGAGAGUUCUGGAAUACCCCAGCCGCUGCAGAGGGAACGCCAGGCCGGGGCGGAGUGCGGGCUCGCGCGGCAAGUGAGCGUCGAGGUCGAGAAAUGGAUUCGAAUGAACCGGAGACCCCGAAAACGGAAGCGAAGGGAGACCGAACAAGUGUUUGAAAAGCUUCUUCCAGACCAGCUUGUCUUACUUCUGGAGCAUCUCUUGGAGCAGAAGACUUUGAACCCCCGGACUCUUCAAAGCCUUGAAAGGGCAUAUCGCCUCACCCAGCAGGAUGCAGAGGUUCGCCAUCGGUGGUGUGAACUCAUCAUAAAGCAUAAAUACACAAAAGCGUACAAAGAUGUGGAGAGAUUCCUCCAGGAGGAUCAGGCCAUGGGCAUCUACCUCUACGGGGAGCUGAUGGUGAGCGAGGACUCCCGGCAGCAGCAGGUCGCCCGCCGCUGCUUCGAGCUGACCAAGGAGCAGAUGGACAGAUCCUCAGCCCAGGUGGUGGCCGAGAUGUUAUUCUGAAGAGCCCCGCAGGCCGGCGCAGGAGCUCCCAGCUGAGGCACUGCUUCCGGGCUGUCGAUUGGACCCGCCCUCCGGUGCCUACUGAGCUGAUAUCAGUUCUCAUUUUACACACUGGCUCAGUUCAGCAGGAACAGGAGUCGAGCCCUAGAGCAAAAAGCCUUCCUGUGUGUAAGUGCCCGGAGGCUCCGGAGCUGGGACUGCGCUCACCGAAGACCGCGCGCCUGGACCCCCGGCAGCGGCGGCGCCCGUCUGUAUGUGGCCCUGGGGUGUGGAUGUUGGUGGCAUCGUAGUGAUACGUUGACACGCAGGGGACGAGGGGACGGGCUUCCACUCCUAAAGGCAGAACGCGGUUAGCGCUUCACGGGACCCAGGCCGCGCUGCCUCCUUGUGAGCUCGCUGGGUUCAGGCUGCGGAAGCAGGUGCAAGGAAUGGGGCCCGGGUUACGGUCGCUGGCUUUCACAGCCGUGUGUGAGCAGUGCGGCUGUGAACCCCACUGUGGGGUCGUGAGGUGCGGUGGGUUUCAUCCCAUCCUCUCAGUCUUGUCUCCAAAGUGGAGAGCGAAGGCACACAGCGGUACUGGUUUACAAGAAUUCUUCCGUUGUUACCAGGCUGUAAAUUUUAUUGCUGUUUCCUUUGCAGGAAAGAUCACAGCGAGAUUCUUUUUCAUGCAUCUACUCCUAGCCCUGGUGGGACCGGGAUCGCAUUGACCCUGGACAUCAAAGGAAGGGUAUUGGGGCUGCUAAAGCCAUCAGCCAGCAGCGUCCAGGCCUUGGUGCUUCUCUUUCCAGAGGCUGCUGUCCCUGGAGUUCACAGACCGCGUGGUGCCUUUGUCCCCCGUCCUGAACUUGCCACCCCAAGACACGCAAUCUGAAUUGGAUCUCUUCUGUGAGGUCAAGGCAGUUCUUUCACACAAACGAUGAAAGCUGUCUGAGAAAAAAUCAGAAAAACUGCUGAACUUGUUGCAUGGAUCCUCUCAGCAUAUGGCUGCACUGGAUGUUUUUUAGAAUUCCAGGAAGUCAGAGAUUCUGUAUACUGGGAUCAGUGAACACCAUUUGGUAUUCUUCUCUGGGUCAUUUCAGAAAGAUCCUACAGGAUUGUCUUGAUUGCUAGGUCUUGUUCUUUAGCUAUUUCUGAAAGGGCAGGGUAAGAAUCCAAGAUGUGUUCAUAAUAAAACAUGAUUGCUGUUUUUGUA